AUGGAAAACAAAAGGUUUGGAACCGUUCGCUCACCAACGUCGUGGGAAAGACCAACAGAGGCAAAUGUGGACAGGAUCAAGAGCGUUGAAAUUGAACCAACCCAGAUCGUUAUCACAACGACCAAACAAGGACCAGUAGAUUCGCUGAAGAUACACAUCGAAUUGGUUGAUUUGAAAGACAACCGCACCCUGCCUCCUGUUGAGCUUUUCGGACUUUUUCUCGUCGUCGCAAGAGGCAGAUAUACCAUACCGUUUUUGAAACCCGAAAGAUGGUAUGGGCUGCGCUUUACUAGUGAGAAUGAGUUGAAUGGGGAGGCGAAUGUUCAUAGAGAGACUCGAUUGUUGAGAACGGCAAGCAGACAGCAAACUGGAUUCACUCCCAAUCAGCUAAACCUCUGGCCAGCCAUCAAUUUUUGCAAACAGUGCACUUUUGCCGAGCAUCAGAACGAAUCCCCCGAGAAGCAAAGACCGGGUGUCGUGAUGCACAGAAACCUUGAUGGCGAAGAGAGCGCAGAACGCCUGUACGUGACAUCAAAGUGGACAGGACAAGAGCGCAGUGGAGCUGUUUGUACGCUGGUCUACGUGAAAGUGCAUUGCGAAUCAUCCUCGACUACAGAACAGAUGAUCCUCCACAAUGAUGAGGAUUCUAUCACUAUUGAAAUAUCUAUGGACCUUCUCUAUGAUAUCAAAAACCUCAACGAUACCAUUCAUCAAGUGCUCGCUCACAUUACUCCACUGAAGUGUCACAACAAUUUCAGUACAGCGUCCACGAAUGGCACUUUUCAUCUUCCACUCUCGCCUGACGCUGUGUAUGCAGCUCAGUACCAAUACACAAAGGUCAAACCAAUUCAUUUUACAACCACGGAGCAUUUCCUCAUCGAAACAGCGUCCAUGAAUUCUUCGAAAUUCUCAUAUCCCCUCGUUGUUGCCAAAUUCCACACCGAGAAUCGAACCCGUAAUGACAGUGAACCUCUGCCUGUUCCUUUGAUCACCUUCAGCCGAGGAGACGCCUAUACAAACAGAGAGGUCAAACUGCAUCUGGGACCUUUCUGUGAGAAUAAGGAGAGCUCUACGGAGGUUCUCAGUGAUGCACAGAGCAGUUUUACGAUGAAUCUAGUUCAAGCGAUCUGUUCGCAGAGCCCCAAUGCUACUUUUUGUGAGCACGGAACGAACUAUACCAAAUGUGGCCCGAUUCUGUGCUACUCAAUGAGCGUAGCAGUCCAUGGCGAUGAGUAUCCGUCAGACGUCCGCUGCCACAACGUUACCCAACACUUUUCUCUGGAGUCCCUCUCACCCUCUUGUUCCCGAACCUUCAUUUCUUUGCUCAUCUUGAUUUUGUUAGUGAUUUAG